ACCCUUGAGGAAGUGGAGGCGCGAGGAUAUUAUGAUAAAGUUAUCGACUAUUUUCCGGCAUUCACGGAUGACUGGAUCAAUCAGAAGCAAAUUGAGUAACAGCCGGCCAAUUACUCACAUAAUUCCUGUUAACCGGACAGGAAUCUGAUGAAACAAUUACCCACAGCUACAGAGAAUACGGACUGCACCAACAAUUAACUAAUUACCGCCGAUUUUAGGACACGUUAUGAAAAUAUAUUCGAAGGUGCGUAACGUGAAUAAUCAAUAAGCGUGAAACGACCAAGGAUUGUAAGGAAUUGACAAACAAGGAGCGGUGCUCAGUAUAAAAACGAUAGUCGGGUUGGCAAUGCAUUAUUACUGCACAAACAGUUUGGAUAACGUUCACGGGCCCGCUGAACUUACCUGUUCAUCAUGUUCAGUUUCAUUGCGAUUGCUUGCUUGCUUGGUGUAGCAACGGCCGCUCCGUCCGACAUCGGGGCUUUGCCCAUCGCUACCGGCAGUAUUUCGAUCCCGCGUUACGGCUUCAACUAUGCGGUCAACGACCCCAUAACUGGUGACCAAAAGGCACAAACCGAGUCUCGCGACGGAGGCGUCGUGAAAGGCUCUUACUCCCUCACUGAACCCGACGGUACCUUGAGAGUGGUGGACUAUACCGCUGAUCCCGUUUCUGGUUUCAACGCGGUGGUGAAACGUGUUGGCCCUGCGGCUCACCCACAAACCUUGGUUUCUGCGCCCGUCGUCAGCAAACAGAUCGUGGCUCCUAUUGCCGCUGCGCCGAUAGCCGCUGCCCCUAUCGCCACUAGUGGUUACGCAACCAGCUUAGUCGGCCUCGGAGGACUAGGUUUGGGACUCGGCAGCGGAUUAGGCCUUGGCUUAGGCUCAGGCAUCGGCAACGCCGGAAUUGGCCUAGGCAGCGCCGACCUUGGCCUCGCUGGAGCCGGCAUCGGCUACGGCGGCCUCGGCUACGGCAUCGGAGGACUUGGCGGCCUCGGUGGAUGGAAGCACUAGUGUGAUAAUGCAGGUGCCAGAAAUUCCCUUACGGACGUUAUCGCGACCUUACUUUCCUUUCGCAUCUGAAUGUUACCUGUUCAUUAGGCGAUACGAAUAGUAUAGGUUGACUAUGUAUUUGUGAAUACUGAAAUAAAAUAAGUGUCACGGUGUA